GGUCUCGUGAAAUCCGAUAAGAAAGCCGCGAAGAUUUACCAGCGCGCCGUGGAGCUCGGAGAUGUGCGAGCGAUGAAUGAUCUUGGGGAAAUGUACGAGUUCGGAAGUGGCGUCAAGCUGGACAAGAAGAAGGCGGAGCGGCUGUAUCGCGCGGCUUCAGACCGGGGAGACGCGGUCGCGCAAUCCAAUCUAGGGUGUUUAUUUUUUGCUGAAGAGAAAUUUGAAGAGGCGUUCCGGUACUUCGCGCUCGCGGCGGAUCAAGGCUAUACCGAUGCGGAGAACAACCUUGGCUGCUGUUAUGAGCGCGGAAAAGGCACGGAAGUCGACAUCGGCAAAGCCAGAUACUGGUUCGAGCGCGCCGCUGCCAAGGGC